CGAGCCGACUGGACGGUAAAACUUUAGCUGUCAACAUAAAUGAACAAUUACCUAAAUCAAUGGGUUUAUCAUGAAGUGAAUGAUUGUAUCAGUGAAGAAAUGAUUAUUCCUGGAUUAUAAAGUGUCUAAUCAUGCGGUGUUUGUUUGUUAUUGUUGUCCUGUGGGUGAUCGUCACGGUGACGAACUCCUGGGGCAUCCCAGGACACCCUGGAAACGGCAAUGCCAAGUGCGAAAGACUGACGGUGUCUAUUUGUCGGGGACUGAGGUACAAUCUAACAGCAAUGCCCAAUUUUAUGGGCCAUACUGAUCAGUUGCAAGCUGAACGUGGGCUUGCCGCAUUCAUGCCUCUUGUUCACUACAACUGCUCGAAACACCUGAGAUUCUUCCUGUGCGCUGUAUUUGCUCCUGUUUGCUCAGAGCAUGUAGCAAUGCAGAUACCAGCAUGCAAGCCACUUUGCUUAUCUGUCAGACGGGAUUGCGAGCCCGCCUUGACGAGUCUCACCCUGCCCUGGCCAAAUAUGUGGGACUGCGACCGAUUCUCCGAUAGCGGCAAUGCUCUCUGCGUGCAGCCACCUAGUGAGGAAAGCCUUCCAGAGCCGGUGUCACCGGUUAUACCACCACUUCGUCCACCCUGGGCUGGUAUCAAGACUCUUCCAGCUGCUAAAGAUCAUCAUCAGUGUCCACCUCACUUCGUACAGACGCCCUUCACUGAUACCAUAUCGUGCACUCCACGCUGCGACGCCGACGCUUAUUACCGCGCCGAAGACAAACGCUUCGCGGUCCGUUGGAUGACCGGAUGGGCAUGGCUCUGCUUCCUCUCAACGCUCUUCACCCUUUUGACAUUCUGGGUGGAUCCGUCUCGCUUCCGCUACCCGGAACGACCGAUCGUCUUCCUGGCACUGACCUACAACCUCCUGUCGAUCCUCUUCAUAAUCCGCGGAGCCGUGGGCGCGGACAUCUUGAGCUGCGCACACCAAGAGGAUGGCCCCAGCUACGUACCGGUGCACGAUGGUCUCCGCAGUGU